GUUUCCAGCGAAAAAAAAACACCUGUCAAAAUUACGCCCCCGUCGGGAACGCAGAUCAAAAUGCUGCCGCAACAGUAUUGCCUCCGGUGGAAGUACCACCACAGCAAUCUGCAGACGAUGUUCUCACAGCUGCUGGAUCGAGGUUGCUUCUGCGAUGUGACGUUGGCUUGCGAGGGUCGCACAAUCCGGGCCCACCGGGUGGUCCUGUGUGCCUGCAGCACCUACUUCGAUCAGCUGCUCACCAACUGCACCAGCAGCGAGAAGGACCCGAUCAUCAUCAUGCGGGACGCCAAGUUCGAGGACAUCAAGUGUCUGAUCGAGUUCAUGUAUAAAGGGGAGAUCAAUGUGGAGCACGGUUCUCUUGCUUCUUUGUUGAAGACAGCUGAGGAGUUGAGGAUAAAAGGGUUGGCGGAAGUUUCCUGGCGGGACGACGAAAGUGCCGGAAGCGAUACGAGCGGAACGAAUAACAACAAUAAUAAUAGCCUCACGGUUAAGAAUGGCAACACUGGAGGUGCCGGAAAUAGCGGCAGCAGCAGCAGCAGUAUUAAAAUCGUUGAGACCAAGAAGCUUUUGGCGCCGCAGCACUCACAGCAAGGUAGCGCCUCGUCGCUCACGCCACUGACCGUUAGCAGUUUGGAGACACGGAUGGCCGAUUCGCCAAAUUUGCCGCUGUUGACUCCACUGACGGCUGGGUCGCCCCUGAAUCCCGCCAGCUGUGCCUCCCCGAACAACUACUUCGGCAACAAGAAAAAACGUGGCCGACCGCCGCUGGACGAAGAGUACGACACCUUUCAGCAAAUACCCAAAAUCGCGCACGUUGAAGGUGGCGCCGGAAGUUCGACUCCAUUCACCUCGACCUCGCAGCUGGUGGCCGUUAUGAUGGAUGACAGUUCAAGCGAACAAACUCCGCCGCAUCAUCAGCUGUCUCAACAGCAUCAACAGCAAUCUCAAAUCAGUGCCACGUCCGCCUACCUGGAGCAACAGAGCCGACCUCCGCAAACCCUGCACGAGAUGGACUUCGACGAAGAGGCUCACAUCCCGCGGCGAUUGAUCCCCAAACUAGAGCGACCGGACACCCCGCAGGACUAUCUGGCGGCGGCCGUUGCCUUCGCAGCCGGACGGCACCACAAGUUCGAGUUCGACGAUAGCCCACCGAGCCCAAACGAUCAUCAGAGUUCCGUUUACCUGACCCCAGAAGAGAAGGAAGAGUGGAAGGACGUUAUCCAGAUGAACGACUAUCUGACCAAGGGUAGGCGACCACAGUUUUGGGAGGAGCCCUUCACCAAACGGGUCAUGGAUGGGAUCAAGAACAAAACGCUGGAGAUGAAGAAGGCGGCCAAGAUUCUGGGGGUCUCCUAUGGGACCCUCUAUGGACGGUAUAGGGAGACCUACGGCUGUCUGAAGCAUCCCUAUCGGGGUCCCUUCAUGGCAGCCACCCGGAUGAACAUGUGGUCCUCGAUGACCGGAGGCGGCGCCGGAGGUGGUUCGAGCGGCGAUGUUGGAGUAGCCACUACCACCGACAUCCUCGGAAUGCUUCAGCGGGGCAUCAUCAGCCUGCAGCGGGCAGCCGAACUGAUGCACACCACACCCUCGACCAUCACCGCCUAUCUGGAGCAACUCCAGGAAGCGGCCGCGUCUCAACCGGACCCGGAACACCUGGCAGCAGCGGCAGCGGCCGCAGUUGCGAUGGCCGAAGAGGAACGAUCGCUGCGAGAACAGCACCAUCAGCAGCAGCACCAAAAUUCGCUCCCUCCUCCUCCCCAGCUCCAUCCCCACCCAACGCUCUCGACGCUGGUUUCCGCAGCUCAAUUCGAUCAGCAAGCGUUUCGAAUCAAGCCGGAAAUCAGUAUAUCCCCGCUGAAGAAAUCUACCCCACCCACCAGCUCCGUCAGUAGCGUUUCCGUUUCGCCGCCAUUAGUGACUCUGGCACCGGCCAGCUCCCUCUAUCCGACGGAGGUUUCCGUUCCCAUUAGCAGUAGCAACAGUAGCAGCAGCAGUGCCAAUAAUCCAGCCACCAUCAUCAGCACCGCCACCAGCAGCAGUAGCAGUGUGAUCAGCCUGAUCAGCACCGCCACAAGCAGCAGCAGCAGCAGUGCCAUGCCGUCUACAUCGAUGGCAACAACAACAACAACGGCAAUGCCGCAGCAACAGCAGCUUUCGAGCAAUAUCUAAACCGGAAAUUCGGUUCCAAACAAAAACAAAAGACACGACGCUACACCGUGCCAUAUUGUUCUGAAGCCGGACGGAAUCGAAAGUUCAAAGCCAACGCGUAACAGAAACGGCUAACCUAAACUAACUAAAAAAAACAGAAACAUAGUAAGAGUUAAGGCGGAGAAAAAAAAACAUUGUAAUAUCAAAUUGUGAUUUAUGUUCUUUAGUUAGGAUAAUAGUAUAGCUACUAAAAAAAAGUUCAUUCUAAAUGAAGUUAAGCCUCCAUACCACCCUCUUUUCACGUAUACAGAAGUACGACACAAACAGAAUUUUCGUUUUAUCAGAAAGCACGUGUAAACAAUUGAGGUUAGGUUAGAGUAAGUUAGAGAGUUAUUCAGUUAAGUUGUAUCAGUUCCAUUCACUUUAAACGUUACUCUACCGAUUGAAAGAGUGUUGACGGUGUUCUAGCUCGGCUUAACACAGCUUUUGGUGCUGCUUUUGAUUGAUUCAUAAUCAAUGCGUUGUCUAAAUGCAGGCGUUUUAUGACAUCUUUUCCAUCACAAAAAAAAAGUCGUUUAGGCCUUGAAAUGUUUUAAAAAUAUCCAACGGAGUCUAGCGAGAAACCUGGAAAACUGUGUUAAGCUGACGUAGAACGCAAAAACAACAACACAAACUUGACGAUUGAUUUUAAACUCUAUUGUUUCCUAUUAUUUUGAUGUCCUUAACGUCGUCGGUUCGAUAUUAGUUUAGUUUAGAUUGUUUAGCAGUCCCUAGCAGUGGGCGAGAAUGAAAACGGUGCUUUUUGAGAUAGGUUUUCUGAUUUAGUUAGAUUGUUUUAUAUUUUGUAGCUUUUAUUAACGGACACACAUUCUCGUGAGGCGUUUGAAAGCAAACAUUGAUUGACUUUGAUAUGGAUUCGAAUUUUUGUGUUUUUUUUUCAAACAAGUAUCAAGAAACAAGAACGUAUUAUUCGAAUUCAGUAAUAAAAAAAAUUGUCACAAUUCGAUCAGAAAACAGCAAGCAGAAUUCUGAAUUUAGAAACAAAACUCAUAAUCGUAAGGAAAGAAA